UGAGGCUGAGUGUGCAGGCCUGUUUUGCGCUCCCGUCGACUUCCAGGCCCGCUCAUCUCAUAUCGUCACCACUACGGCCGGGUCCAGCCCAAGGUUCAGGCAAGCGUAAGAUAGGACAAGAUGUUCUUCGUCAAAACACUCGAACACCGCCUCACACUCCACCCUUCCUAUUUCUCCGCCCAAUCUCAGGCCUACAUCGAGGAGCAGCUUUACCGCGAACAAGAAGGCAAAAACACAGGCACUAUGCUAAUCAUUGCCAUUAUCGAUAUUGAAGAUGUCAGUGAACCGAAGGUGGUGCCAGGCAGCGGGCUGGCGCAGUAUGACGUCUCGUUUCGCGCGAUCGUCUGGAGGCCGUUCCGGGGCGAGGUAGUGGAUGGAUUGGUGAGUAGCGUGAUUAGUGGAGGAUUCUUUGUGGAUGUGGGUGGACUUGCCGUCUUCGUUUCCAAAGCUUUAAUUCCGCCACAACUCAAGUUCUCUGUCGAGGGCUCUGCGCCGUCAUAUACGGACAAUGUGGACCAGACGAUUGAGCGAGGCACGCAAGUGAGACUCAGAAUCAAGGGCAUCCGGGCGGAGAUGGGGCAGAUGUAUGCCAUUGGCAGCAUACGGGAGGACUAUUUGGGUCCUCUCAUGCAAUGAGUACUUGCCCUAGCUGUGAAUUUAGCGGUCGCUUUCGGGCGGCCGGCACGACGGUAGUCCGGUCCGACGGUGGCAAGGAUGGGAAGUUAAGAAUGACAGAAGGGACGGAGUAGCAUUGACCUAGUGCGCUCCGUCUGGGCUUUGCAACACGAU